AUGAAGCAUCCGGAGGAGUCCAAAGCCGACCUCAGAUUUCUGAUACCCAAUGGCGCGAGUAGUCCCAAGGACAUCCCUAUCACCCUUGUUUAUACCAAUGAAUGCAAUGCGACUGAAGAUAUUGCUGACAAGCUUUGUCAGUGGGCAGGGGAUGCAGGCUUUGAGGACCCCUCAUCGUUUAUUGUAUUUUAUCAUGCAAAAAUUGGAACGGCUCGAAAGCGAGAGAUUGAAGAAGAGCUUAGGAAGGGGAAUGUUCGUAUAGCCAUCUGUACUGAUGCAGUUGGGAUGGGCUGUGAUAUGUGA